AUGCUCGAUAUCACCGACGAGCUAGACCCAGAUCCAGAGAACCAGUUCGCGGCUCAGCUGAGGAGCGGUUAUUCCUUUAUCUGCUCGUGUGCGGCAUGCCGCCCCGACACGAAACGAGCUGAAGCCUCCGACGAGCGGCGUGCGAGGAUCCAUCAGUUGGUGGAAGAGAUUACGCCUGGGAAUUCCGCAUGGCGGAAGCCUUCGUACGAGAAGAUGAAGGAGUGCUUGGAAGUGGUAGAGAAGGUGCGCCUUGACAUUUACCGUGCACAAAUUCUCUUCUACGGAGGGACGUUGCUAUUGCAACUGGGCGAUAUCACGCACUUUUUGCGAUGGAUGAAAAGAGCCAAAGAGGAGUAUCGUCGAUUCGAAGGAGAAACGUCACCGACAUUCAAGGCCAUAAAGACAACAUCUGGUCGGGCGCUUCGUGUUGAAGUCCAAGCGGCACCGGGUACCAUUGCUUUCAUACUACCUUCAAAAAUGCUUUGA